AGCCCCCUUUCAGUUGGAGUUUUGCUGUUCACUUGUGCGGUAACGUUUUCCUGUUGGAAAUUUAAAGCACUUGGCGUACUCUAGCGCCUGUCCUUUCUUAAAAGUCUCUCUCCAAGUACAUUUUGCAAUUUUAAUUAAUUUUAAAUAAAGCGUGUUGUGCUUAACAAAAAGAAACGAAAUGGGUCAAAUUAGGAAGGCUACUUCUGCGUUGAGCAAACUGUUUGUUUGCGGCGCUCUCAAGUACGGACAGCCAAGCAACUCUAUCUUGGCCAGCAGCGGCAAUGGUUAUGCCAACUUUUGGUGCAAAGCAACAACCACACAAAAGAUGCCGCUUGUGAUUGCCACACGCUAUAACAUUCCAUUUCUAUUGAAUAAGCCGGGCGUGGGCUAUUAUGUAACAGGUGAGAUCUAUGAGGUGGACAAUCGCAUGCUCAACUCCCUGGACACUCUAGAGGAUUGCCAGGAUAUUUAUACGCGAGAAAUACAGGAUAUGAACAUUGGCGUUGGUGAGGGUACUGUGCCGUGUUGGGUUUAUAUGCUCCAAAAGUACCCGGAAAAAUUGCUCUCAUUGCCAUAUUUGUCCAGCUAUGAGAAUAGCUCAACGCAUCCUUAUAUUAUGCGCCAUCGACGCACGCACAAGCAUCCUGCACAGGACGAUCUUAGCUAUGAGGCUCAAAACUAAACUAUACGCCUCCAAUUAUUUUAUAACUUAACGGUAGCUGCAUUUAUAGAAAGUAUAAGUUGAUAAUAAUAUGUACAUGCAUACAUAUGUGCAUGAUAUGCAAUUACUUAAAUGAUAUAUUACACUAUGUAGUUUGUAAUUUUGUAAGUUUGGAUAAAAUAAACAAAAUGCCAUGCAAUAAG